AGCGACAACGAAGCCUGUCGUGCCCAUAUCACUGUUUCUCCAGUCUCCACAUUCACCUUAAGGAAAGGAAGAGGGGAGACCCGAAGUCCAAGGUAUCAGAAGCCAUGGCAAGAGUCGAAGCGGUGGUGGUCUGUCUCCUCAUCGUCGCCAUGGAUGCCGCCGCCGGCGUGCUCGGGAUAUACGCCGAGAAAGCUCAGAACCAGGGGAGGCACCUGCGGAUACUGUUCAUCGAGUGCCGGCAGCCGGUCCGGCAGGCCUACAAGCUCGGCGUCGCGGCGGCCGCGGUGCUGGCGGCGUCGCACGCCAUCGCCAACAUCGUCGGGGGCUGCGCGUGCGUCUGCUGCUCCGGCGACAAGCUCCGGCGCUCGUCGCCCAACCGGCAUAUGGCUUCAUUCGCCCUGGUCCUCACAUGGAUGGUUCUGAUAGUGGGGCUGGCGCUGCUGGUCCUCGGGGCGCUGCCCAACUCCAAGAAGUCGAUGGCUCACUGCGGGGUGAUGCGGCACAACUUCCUCUCCAUCGGCGGCAUCCUCUGCUUCGUGCACGCGCUCUUCUGCCUCGUCUACUACGUCUCCGCCAACGCCGCCGCGCGGGAGGAAAGCGGCCGCGGCUCCAAGGCCGUCGGCGUGCACACCUGA